AUGGUACAACAGAAUCAGGUUCCUAGACUGCGACCAAAUCAAGGUGGAGUUCGAGGAAGAUAUCAACAAGUCAUGAUGGUGGGUCGACAACAGGAUGCUGAUCAAUUUGUCGAACAAUAUCAACAAGAAGAAGCAUCCAUGGAGAAUAAUCUAACCACGAUGAUAGAAAGGAUUGUGGCUAGAAAUGGAAUGAAUACUCCACUACAAAGGCCAACAUACUCUUCCCCAUUGGCUGAAUACAUUGUGCAGACAAAAAAUCCUAGGGGCUGGAAAAUACCUAAGUACACCAAAUUUGGAGGAGAAAUUGGAGAAUCGACAAUCGAGCAUAUAGCCAUAUAUCUUACUGAAUUAGGAUACAUGGAGAAUAACGAAAGUCUCAGGGUACCCGAACAUGAACUGGUUCAGAUGGUUGCAGGAGGUUUAGAUUAUUCCAUUUGGAAGAAAAUAGACCUAACUUUUGUCAAAAGUAUGUCACAGUUAGCUGAUAGGGUUCGACACCUUGAACGCCUACGACUAGAAAAAGUCAGGCAUACUAAAUCCAAGGCUAAGAAAGAAAAGGUAGCCUAUGUCAAUUAUGAUGAUAUGAACCCCAUAUAUGAAGCUGAUUACAUUUCAACGACAGAGGUGGAGAUUGAUCUGGCCGAAAUGAAACCAGGGCCAGCCUACGAUGUAAAUCGUUGUUUCCGUCGAAAGGAAAGAAUGUCUCUGUCGAUAACAAUUCGAAAUUCACUGCGAAAACUUAUACUUUUGAUAUUAGUAAAUGCGAGGAAAUUUUUGAUGGAUCUAGUCCAGAAAUCACUUCAAGAAGGUCGACUGAAAUUUACUGCCAGAAGUAUGAAAAUCGACGCUGACCCACUCAAACAAGAGGAAGCUUUGUUUGCUGAAGCUGUCAACAUCAACAUGGUGGAGCUGUCUGAGAUACCUGAUGAUAUGCUGGAAGAAAGCAUUGGGGAAACUCCCCAAGUUCGACUUUUUGAUGUGUAUCCCAGAAUGGAUGAGGAUUUGCUGGACUUCUUGUUUCGAUGCAAGAACCAAGAUUCCCAAGUGGGAUUGUGCCCUAGGUGCAGCACUUUAACUAACAUAGUUGCUGCAGAAAAUUUCCAAAAGCUACAAUUGGAGCGAGGCAGGGCCCAAUGGAAAAGGAGGGACCCUAGAAAGUGUCUCAAAGCAGACCAAUAA